CCUCCUCACCCCUUAUCUUCCUAUCCUACCCCAAAGUCCGUACAGACUCCAUACGGCACAAAAAGAGAUAGCCCGAACCCUCGUCACUCGUCACGCGGAAAAAGGAGACUUCACACACACGCACGCAGCAAGGAAGGAAAAAAAGGACGAGACAAGCCUAGUUUGAAAAGUAGAAAGAAUACACGCAAUCAUGGCCGAAUACGAUCUCACCCAGACCCUCAUCCCCUACCUAGACCGCCACCUCGCCCUCCCCCUCUUGGCGCACUUGGCAGAGCUCGACCCGGUCAUCUACCCCGUCGAGCAGGUCCAGAAGGCUCAGUACGAGCUGGCCAAGGGGACCAACUUGAUCGAUUAUGCCGAACAGCUCGCCGAUCAGGUCAAGCACCUCGAUGGCGUCAAGCAGGGUCUUCCCGACUUUGAAAACCUCCGCAAGCUCGCCAUCCAGAAGACCGCCUCGCUGCAGGAAUCCGCCGCUCCCGUCCUCCGAGUGAUCGAGGACCCGGCCGUGGUGGACCGACUCAAGGGUGCGGUGGACAAGCUCAGGAAUAUGGAGCUCCUCGAGAGGGAGUACGGGCUCACGCUCGAACAGGUCAACGCGCUCUACUACUACGGACACUACCAGUACACGUACGGUGACUACCUCGGAGCAUCGUCGUACCUGUACCAUUUCCUCAUCCUCUCGCCUUCGCUCGACCUGAACGUGUCGGCUCAUUGGGGAAAGCUGUUGAGCGACACGUUGGCGGGUGAAUGGGACGCUGCGCUGUCCGGACUCAAGGAGCUCAGGGAGAUGAUCGACAACCCCUUGACCGAGGAACAGGCCAAACCGAGCGUCCAGUUGCAAGCCAGGAGUUGGUUGCUCCACUGGGGUCUCUUUGUCUUUUUCAACCACGAGGACGGACGGGCCGCCUUGCUCGACAUCUUCCUCUCCCCUCCUUACCUCAACACGCUCCAAACUUCGUGUCCCCACCUCACCCGAUACCUCGUCGCCGCCGCCAUCCUCACCCACCGAACAAACUCGAACGGCUACAAGGUCACCAUCGCCGGUAGGCAGAUCAGGAACCCGAUCCAGGAGAUCACCAAGAUCGUCCUCCAGGAGAACCACCACUAUGCCGACCCGAUCACGUCGUUCCUCUCGGACCUGUACGGCGAGUUUGAUUUCGAAAAGGCUCAGGAACAGUUGAAGGACGCCAAGACGAUCUUGGAGAACGAUUUCUUCCUCAACGGGUUCGUCGACGAGUUUAUGGAGGGUGCCCGAUGGUUGGUCAGCGAGGUCUAUUGCAAGAUUCACAGGAGGAUCGAUAUCACCGACUUGUCGGCGAGGCUGAACCUGUCGGCCGAGGAGGGUGAAAAAUGGAUCGUCAACUUGAUCAGGGAUUCCAAGAUGGGAAUCGACGCCAAGAUCGAUCUGCAAGCCAACAUGCUCCACAUCUCGCGACCUCACCCUACUCCGACGCAAACCCUGAUCGAGACCACUCGGGGAUUGGCCUUCCGAUCACAAGCGGUCCAGUUCGCCAUGAACCGAAAAGCUCAGGGCGAGAGCAAUGAGCCGAGGGAAAAGAGGGAAGGAGGUGCGGGUGGUCGGGGUGGACGAGGAGGUGGAAGGACCGGUGGACGACCGGUCGCACAGGAGGCGUAGAGCGUCGGUGUAUGCGAUGGUUCUUUCCGGUUUUCCAGUCUUUCUUUCUCGCUCUGCCCCAGUUACGUGUGCGUUUGCUCGAGGGGCGAGAAAAGGAGACAAUCCCCCCACAAUCUCAUUUGGGCAUGCAAAUGUUCAAUCUGUAUACGAUGCAUGGAAUCGAUCGAAAGGCGGCCUGCGGUUGUUGUAGUGCUCAUUCAUCCUUUUAGAGGCCAGAGCCAAAAGACCGAAGACAAAGACG